AUAAUGGGAAUGAUUUAUUGCGUAUUUUAAAAAUAGUUUGGAUACAUAUUAGUGUGAAAUAAAGCCGCCAUAUGAACACACGUUUUUUCUUUUAAUUUUCCUGUACGGCCCAUCUGACGUAAGGACGUUGUCAGUUGGUGACGCUGUGUCUCUUUGUUGGCUUAGCAGCGGCGACGGUUUGUUGUUAUUUUCGCUGCAGCCGAAAAAUAGGCUCGGAUCAUUUGGGUUUUCGUAUUGUUCCGUAAUCAACAUUCCUUAGACUGUAGACUUAGUUGUGACUUUCACAAGUUGAUAACAACCCUAGGAAUGGACUCAGACGAGGGUUAUAACUAUGAAUACGACGACGAGGAGGAGGAAUGUAGCGAGGAUAGCGUCGAAGAGGAGCCCGAGGACGACACCCUGGAGCUGGGAGAGGUGGAGUUGGUCGAUCCCGUUGUGGCCGGUGGAGACCGAGACGACUGCGGGGAGACUGGCGGAGGUGGCCACGGUCCUGGUGAGGAAGAGGAAGAGGACUACCGCUUCGAGGUUUUGACUGCCGAGCAGAUCCUCCAGCAUAUGGUGGAGUGUAUCAGGGAGGUCAACGAGGUCAUCCAGAAUCCUGCGACAAUAACACGCAUACUUCUCAGCCACUUCAACUGGGAUAAAGAAAAGCUCAUGGAAAGGUAUUUUGAUGGGAAUCUGGACAAGCUUUUCUCUGAGUGUCACGUCAUUAACCCCAGUAAGAAGCCUCGCAGCCGUCCAAUCAACACUAGAUCGUCGGCACAGGACAUGCCGUGUCAGAUCUGCUACCUGAACUUCCCCAACUCUUAUUUUACAGGCCUGGAGUGUGGACACAAGUUCUGCAUGCAGUGCUGGGGAGACUACCUGACCACCAAAAUAAUAGAAGAAGGAAUGGGACAGACCAUUUCUUGCCCCGCUCAUAGUUGUGACAUUUUGGUCGAUGACAACACAGUCAUGCGCCUCAUAACAGAUUCUAAAGUGAAGUUGAAGUACCAGCAUUUAAUUACAAAUAGUUUUGUAGAGUGCAAUCGACUGUUAAAGUGGUGCCCUGCACCAGACUGCCAUCACGUUGUCAAAGUCCAGUACCCAGACGCCAAGCCAGUGAGGUGCAAGUGUGGCCGUCAGUUCUGCUUCAACUGUGGAGAGAACUGGCAUGAUCCCGUCAAGUGUAAGUGGUUGAGAAAAUGGAUAAAGAAAUGCGACGACGACAGUGAAACUUCCAACUGGAUUGCAGCAAAUACUAAGGAGUGUCCAAAAUGCCAUGUGACCAUUGAAAAGGAUGGUGGCUGCAAUCACAUGGUUUGUCGGAACCAGAACUGCAAGGCCGAGUUCUGCUGGGUGUGUCUGGGUCCAUGGGAGCCCCACGGCUCAGCCUGGUACAACUGCAAUCGCUACAAUGAAGACGACGCGAAGGCAGCCCGAGAUGCUCAAGAGCGCUCCAGGGCCGCCUUGCAGAGGUACCUGUUCUACUGCAACCGCUACAUGAACCACAUGCAGAGCCUGCGCUUUGAGCACAAGCUCUACGCUCAGGUCAAGCAGAAAAUGGAGGAGAUGCAGCAGCACAACAUGUCCUGGAUCGAGGUGCAGUUCCUGAAGAAGGCUGUGGACGUGCUGUGCCAGUGCCGCUCAACGCUCAUGUUCACAUACGUCUUUGCCUUCUACCUCAAGAAGAACAACCAAUCCAUUAUUUUUGAGAAUAACCAGGCAGACCUGGAAAAUGCCACUGAGGUACUCUCUGGGUACCUAGAGCGGGAUAUCUCCCAGGAUUCCUUGCAGGACAUCAAGCAGAAAGUGCAAGAUAAGUACAGAUACUGUGAGAGCAGGCGAAGAGUUCUGCUACAGCACGUGCAUGAAGGCUAUGAGAAGGACCUGUGGGAGUACAUUGAAGAUUGAGGACACGUCCCAAUGCAACGGACUCUUGAGUAUCCUGACAAACUAGAGCGCUGAUGCAAUUUAACAGGGCAGCACGGGCCUUCUGCCGCCUCUCCUUUGGCAAACCAACCACUUUUGCAUCAUUUUCCUCAAUUUGUUUAACAAAAUCUUCAAAAUAAAUUAUAUUUAAAUGAAAGGUAGAGUAAUUAAAAAAAGUGUACUACAGUAUUGUUAGAAACAGAGUGGAGUCUUGAGAAAGCAUAAAAUCCAUCUUAAACAAAUGCAUUGUUUUGGCUUGUAUUGUACCACCUCCCCUGAACUAUCUUCUUUUCCUUUUUGUUUUAUUUGCUUGUGGAUCUUUUUUUUUGUUUUAAUUUUGAAUUGUUUACCAUUUGUGUGAAAAUGUUUUCAACACAGCUUUAAUUGUCCUCGCCAUGUCUGCAAUAUCUGCUGAGCUCCUUGUCUGAUAGGCUGAUGGCAAAGGGGCAUAGACAUUUCAGGGGGGAAAAGACAAAAAACAUUAGAAGAACAAAAAAGCAAGUCUGUAUUUUUCAAUUUGUAAAUAGUUGAUAUGCACGAGAAUUAAAGAGCAAGAGCGGCACGUGUUUGCACCAUUUUGAAA